UAUAUCAACAAGCUGACGUAUCGGACGUAUCUUUAAAUUUCUUGAUUAUAUUUUAGUUUAAUUGCUAAGAAAAAAGUGCAUUUUUAAGUUUUAAUUUGUGAUAUUUUCGUGUAAUAUUAAUACUAUGAGUUCCGAAAACUAUCGAAGUGCUACAAAGUCGCACGAACCCGGCUGGAAUGACCCUCCAAAGCUUAGCUACAGCCCCGGAACGGCUACCGGAUCCGGACCAACGCCCAAACUAAACCUGAAUAAGCGCAUUGCUUUCCCGGUAACAAAGACUGACACUCCUUCCCCGAACCAGCCUCCGCCACCAGCUGUGGGAGGCAACAGCACUCUUCCUCAAUUUGCACCACCUAGUUCCACCGGAAAUGCAACACCCCUCACAUCUAUCCCAGCCAACCGGCCCGUGCCACCUCUUCCGCCAAUGGUUCCAGCCGCAGGAGCACCUCCCCAAAACAAUGAAGCAACCGUGGAUUCAUCCCCAGAUGGGUCAAUCGACUUCCCCGGCGACGACGAAAUGAGGCAUUUGGUGAAAAGCACCCUGGAAGAAUUCCUUCAGAGAACGGAUAGUUCCCGGCAAGUGGAAAUCCGCAAGCGAUUGGAUUUGAUGCUAAAGGCCUGGAACGAAGCGAAACUGAGCGAUGGGCUGACCAAAAAGUUGUACCGUUUGGCAGAAGCCCUAACAGAAAAGAAAGCUGUGGAUGCAAACGAAAUUCAUCGAUCCAUAAUAGUCGAGCAUGGGAAAGAAUGUGUUCAAUGGGCACCAGCCUUGAGGCAGCUGAUCCAGGUCGUUCCCAAACAGGAAGAAACCCCAGCGAUCCUAGAAGCAAAAGAGCCUAUUAUGAUCCCGCUGUGAUGAGCUAAAUUUACGAUGACGAUAUUAUAAAUUUAGAAAACGAAAAAUAAAACGUACUGCAAUACCACAUAUUAGGCUGAA